AUGAGAAUUACUCCUCUCUUGUUAAUUUCUUUAGUUUCUCUCUUAGGAGUUGCUACUUUAUUCACAUUAAAUCAUAGAGCUCCCUUAGAAAAAAAGGUUAACUUAGACGAUUGUUUAGCCUUAAAAUUAGGUUAGGAUGUUGACGAAACCACUUAGCAAGAAUUCUUUGCUGUCAACUAAUGCUGGGAUUAAAAGGUCUCUUUCAAAUUCUAAAUCAAUAUUGAUGACGUUAUCUCAGAAUAAACUACUAAGUGUAUGUAACCUGGUGAGACUAUUACUAUUCCUAACAUCACCAGUCUUUUCUAAAUAUUCGGUUUCAAAUCUAGUAAAUGUUGA